AGAGAACACUUCCGUCACCUGUACACAGGCUUUUAAAGUUGAGCCAAAAAAAAAGAUGGAGAUUGCGAGUAUUUGAGCUUUAUAUUUCUUCCCGAUUCCUCUUGACGUCUCUGCCCUACUGUUCUUGCCAGCCGGCGAAAGAGUUUGCAUUGUCGUCAACGUACAUCUAAUUCGUCCCAUCCGCAAUGGCAUCGCUCCAGUUUUGGCUUCAAUUGGCUGCGCUUUGCACUCUUCAUGUUGUUCAGCUGAUUUCCGCCGCUAUUUUCGUUGGAGGGAUUGUGGACCAAGCAGAAUACGGGCCCAGAAUAUGCUUGCUCUUUGUUUCAAACUACCGGAAUGAAGGCACAGAGUUUAUUUUCGAAGCCGAGUCGGGUGCUUGCCAUUUUGCGGUCGGGGUUGGCUCCAUCGGUAUCGUUUUGGCCCUUAUUGCACUCGCAUCAACACUUUAUUACAAUCUAAACCCUACGAGGACCGUACGCACCAAGACCGUUGCUCUCAUCUCCGCCAUUGUAUCAUCGCUUUACGCCAUCUUGCUGCUGAUUACUGUCUCAAUAGUCUCCGUCGGUCUAACCAACACCUGCCGGCAAUUUGAGAACGUCCAGAGACACUCUUGCACGGACGUGUUUGCCACCGGAUUCUUCUACGAAGGCAUUGUCGAUAGGCUCUACAGGAAAAGCUUGAACGUUGUCUGGAUUGCUGUCUCCGCUGGUUGGAUUUCAGUGGGGACCUGGGUAUUGUACGCAAUUGUGGAAUGGUGGACUUGGAAAUUUAGGAUGAACAAGUGGUGGUGAGAUCUGCGGAAAUUAACAUCAGAAUGUCCAUAUUUUGUACGUAUGUAGUUGUGAAAAUAUGCCUUUUGUCUAACAUGUCUGUUCCAUAUUUCAUUCAUUAUCCGGGCAAUACAAUAGUCAGUGCUUAUUGUCUUC